AUGAGCCGGCACACCUGCUUGGCUGCGGUCGCGCUGCUUUUUGUAUUUUGUGUGGCCGAAGCUCAACGCCGCUUGGCCUUACCUGAUCCACGCAGUUGCGCUAACAGAGUUCGCCAUUCGGUGUACAAAGAUGGACGCGGUGUUCUACACUCAUACUUCUUCAGUUGGGAACAUGCGCCUACCCGCAAUUUGGAAGUCGACUGGCUGGACGCAAGGAAUAUUUGUCGAAGACAUUGUAUGGACGCCGUUUCUUUGGAAACUCCACAGGAAAACGAAUUCAUCAAGCAGAGAAUAGCCCGAGCUAAUGUACGUUACAUUUGGACGUCCGGCCGUAAAUGUAAUUUCGCCGGCUGCGACCGCGCAGACCUGCAGCCACCAAAUGUGAACGGCUGGUUCUGGUCCGGUUCCGGAGCUAAGAUCGGACCUACGACUCAGAGGAACACCGGUGACUGGUCUUACACGGGCGGUUAUGGGCAACAACAACCCGACAACAGAGAAGCUGCUCAAGGAAACGACGAGUCCUGUCUGGCCAUCCUAAACAACUUCUACAACGACGGUGUCAAAUGGCACGACGUGGCUUGUCAUCACGUCAAGCCCUUCGUGUGUGAAGACAGCGACGAACUGCUCAACUUCGUGCGAUCGCGCAACCCCAGUCUUCGCCUAUGA